ACACUUGGAACAAUACAGUUAGGUAAGUACUGUUCUCCUGGCAACCGCCAAUCCCAGACACGUCCAUCAGAUUACCAGACAGAAAAGCGUGAUUCAUCACUCCAGAGAACAUGUUUCCACUGCUCUAGAGUCCAGUGGCAGCUUGCUUUACUUGGUGAUAGUUGCUGUUGCUCCCACUUUGUUAUAAAACCACUAACAGUUGACCGUGGAAUAUUUAGUAGCAAGGAAAUUUCAGAGAUGGACUUAUUGCACAGGUGGCAACCUAUUACAGUACAUUGAAUUCACUGAGCUCCCGAGAGCAAUCCAUUUUUUCACAAAAUGUUUGUAGAAGCAGUCUGCAUGCCUAG